UCCAGCCCCAAACAUUCGCAUGUUGAGCGCUGCAGCUCUAUUAGCAGCAACAUCUCUCUCUGAGAGGGACGUUUCUUAUUAAGCAGGGGCACUGAAUGGAAACCAAUCAGACAGAGAAUCCUUUUGGCUACAGCUCCCUGCCUGCCUGACUUAAAAGUGAUGCUGAGAGAGACGGAGCCUUAGUUAGACGCGAGUGCAGCGCUGGAGAUACGGUACCAGGCAGAAGGAAGGCAGCAGGUAGAGGAGCAGCUGGACAGACAGAGCUAGGUUCACACUGCCAGGCACGGUCCUUCACAGAAGAGGAAUAUAACAUUUGAACCAUUUGUUCUGGUGAAUUAUUAGAGGAGUGGAGGCUAACAGCACCUCUGUAAACAAUGAGGACUCCCUGCUUCUCGUCAGUGUUGCUCUGGAGCUGUAUAUUCCAUGCAGUUCACAUGGUUCCAGCCCCCAAAAGGACUAACAAGCACUCACAAGGUGAAAGGGUGAGAGGGUUGUCGGAGCAUGAGGGAAAAGCACUGCGCCGCACCAAGCGUGGCUGGAUGUGGAAUCAAUUUUUCUUGCUGGAGGAGUACACAGGUCCAGACACUCAAUAUGUGGGCAAGCUGCACACUGACCAAGAUAAAGGAGAUGGGAAUUUAAAGUACAUAUUAACAGGAGAUGGUGCUGGCAGCCUGUUCGUCAUAGACGAGAACACAGGAGAUAUUCACGCCGCCAAGAGGCUGGACAGGGAAGAGAAGUCCCUCUAUGUGCUCCGUGCCAAGGCCAUAGACAGAAAAACGGGGAGGCAAGUGGAGCCAGAGUCAGAAUUCAUCAUUAAAAUCCAUGACAUCAACGACAAUGAGCCAAAGUUCACCCAGGACGUCUACACCGCCAGUGUUCCGGAGAUGUCUGCAGUUGGUACAUCUGUUCUUCAAGUGACAGCCACAGAUGCUGAUGAUGCCAACUAUGGGAACAGUGCCAAAGUGGUGUACAGCAUUCUCCAGGGACAGCCAUAUUUCUCAGUGGAUCCAGAAACAGGCAUAAUCAGGACUGCUUUACCAGAGAUGAGCAGAGAAAACAGAGAACAGUACCAAGUGGUCAUCCAGGCCAAAGACAUGGGAGGACAGAUGGGAGGCCUGUCAGGGACCACCACGGUGAACAUCACCCUGACUGAUGUCAAUGACAAUCCGCCUCGCUUCCCCCAGAGCACCUACCAGUUCAGCUCUCCUGAGUCUGCACAACCUGGGACCCCUCUUGGAAGAAUUAAAGCUAAUGACCCUGAUGUGGGUGAAAAUGCAGAGACUGAGUACAGCAUCUCCAGCGGGGACGGAUCAGACGUGUUUGAUAUCGUCACUGACAGGAAGACUCAGGAAGGGAUUAUAAUUGUCAAAAAGCAUCUGGAUUUUGAAAGCAAGAUGCUGUACACCUUGAAAGUGGAAGCAACCAACACUCAUCCUGACCCUCGUUUCCUUCGGCUGGGGCCCUUCAAAGACACAGCUUUGGUCAAAAUCUCUGUGGAAGACGCAGAUGAACCCCCAGUGUUCAGCAGACCAUGGUACUUAAUGGAGGUAGAUGAGGAUGCCAAGGAAGGAAGCAUCAUUGGGCAUGUGGUAGCCCAGGAUCCGGAUGUAGCAAACAAUGCAAUAAAAUAUUCUGUGGAUCGCCACACUGACCUUGACAGAAUAUUCAACAUCUACUCAGGAAAUGGAUCCUUAUUCCUCUCCAAGCCUCUUGACCGGGAAGAAACUCCCUGGCACAACAUCACUGUCAUAGCGACUGAGAUCAAUAAUCCUAAGCAAAGCAGCCAGAUCCCUGUCUUCAUUCGGAUUUUAGACAUCAAUGAUCAUGCACCAGAAUUUGCCAAAUACUAUGAAACCUUUGUUUGUGAAAAUGCAAAAGCAGGACAGCUGAUCCAGACUGUGAGUGCAGUUGACAGAGACGAGCCCCCACGAGGACACAGGUUUUUCUUUGAGCUGGUGCCAGAAUUUGCUGUUCAGCCAAACUUCUCCAUCGUGGACAACAAAGAUAACACAGCAGGAGUUCUGACCAGAAGAAAUGGAUACAGCCGCAGCAAGACGAGCACCUACCUCCUGCCAAUCAUCAUAUUUGACAAUGACUACCCCAUCCAGAGCAGCACUGGCACCCUGACCAUCCGAGUGUGUGCCUGUGACAGCCAUGGGAACAUGCAGUCCUGCAAUGCUGAGGCCUUGUUCCUCCCUGCUGGCCUCAGCACGGGGGCACUGGUGGCCAUUCUCCUCUGCAUCAUUAUUCUGCUAGUAUUAGUUGUCUUGUUUACAGCCCUCAAGAAGCAGAGGAAGAAAGAGCCUCUGAUCAUCUCAAAGGACGACGUUCGGGACAACAUUGUGACCUACAACGAUGAAGGGGGUGGGGAGGAAGACACCCAGGCUUUUGACAUUGGCACUCUGAGGAACCCAGAAGCGAGGGAAGAAAGCAAGCUGCGGAGGGAUGUCAUCCCAGAGACCAUCUUUCAGAUAAGGAGGACUGCACCUCUGUGGGAGAACAUCGACGUCCAGGAUUUUAUCCACAGAAGGUUAAAGGAGAACGAUUCGGACCCAGCCGCCCCUCCUUAUGAUUCACUAGCAACCUAUGCCUACGAAGGAAAUGAUUCCAUAGCAAAUUCCCUCAGCUCCCUGGAAUCCCUCACCACAGAGGCUAACCAGGAUUACGAUUACCUCAGUGACUGGGGACCUCGGUUUAAGAAGCUAGCGGAUAUGUACGGUGGAGAGGACAGCGAUCGAGACUGACGGACGUCCCCCCUAACCCGCUCCGUGUUCGUGGAAUUCAUGUCUAUGUUGCCACAUAAAGUGGCCUUACUCUCUCUCUCUCUCUCUUUCUCUCUCUCUUCUUUGGGAAUUAAAAAGAAAAUUAAACUAUGAGAAAUAGAUGUUGUCUUAGUCACAAGUUUGCUUAAUCGAUAAGUCAGUGUGAAUGAAUAGGAAUGAUUUAAGACUUUCAGAAACCAGUAACUCGCCCUCUCUGCCUAGAAACCCCUGAUGAAAGGGUUUUUUUUAUCCACAAGGAAAACAGACAAUAAAAGGCUUUUUGUGCCUUUAGUAAGGAGAUGAAAACUUCCUUCCUUCCUUCCUUCCUUUGUUCUUUUUAACUGCUUUGCAUUACCUUUCCUAGCAGCCGGGACAGCGUGCACCUCGCAUUGUGACCCCAGUCUCAUCCAAAUAUACUUUAAGGAGACAAUAAUUGCCAGUACUGUCAUAUUUAUUGAGUUAGAGGACGCCUGUGUGUGGAUUCAU